UUACCAACUCAGUCAAGUACUCUUUAUGCGAACAACAUCUCCAAACUGCUCUUAUAUAUGGGUGAGAAGGAUACGUUUAAGUUGAAUAUGGAAGAUGAGACUGCUGAAACCGCUGUGGUCCCCGUUGAACCAACUCCGUUUGCCAAAACUGCUCGUAGUGCCGGCCUCAUUACUGCAGGAUUGGGAAGUCUUCCAGUGCUGGGAGUAGCUCUGCCCAAUUUGGACUUUGCCGCCAUGACGACAACAUUUGCCCUGGCUGGACUUGUUGGAUAUCACACUGUUUGGGAAGUAACCCCAGCACUGCACUCACCACUUAUGUCGGUUACAAAUGCGAUUUCUGGAACUACUGCUGCUGGUGCCUUAUGUCUCAUGGGAGGUGAUCCACCAGAAUACAAUUAUAUGUAUGCUAUACCUGCAGCCGUAUUUCUAGGAGGCUACUAUUAUGGACUACAUACAGUAUAA